GCAGGACAGGGAUGAUGUGUUACCCAGCCAGCUGUGUGAGUGUGGCAGACAUCAUUACAGGCUGGAGUCCACGGUGAGCACUGGGGAAGCCACCCCCGGGUCACACAGCAGCAGAGCAAUACCCAGGUACGUCACUCGGGGGAGAGACAGCUCAUUCAUACAGUGACAGCCCCAUCACAGUCCAUGAGGACAGUCAGAGACAGUCUGCGUGACAGCCCCGCACACACCUCAGUCACAGGGGCGGACGCGCGCAGCCCUGAGUGCGACUCCAGUAGUGUCAUGAAGUGGGCGUGAGAGUGAGUGCGAGCUCCGCAGACCCCGAUAUAACCCCCACCCCCCGUCCUGUGAUCCAUGUGCCAAAACAAACCGCCUUUCCUAUUUAUUGCGGCCAGAUAGUGGCAGCUCCCAGACAGAGCAGCGGCGCACCUACAGCCCCUGGAUACAGUGCCCUGCUGGAAGGGGACCAGGAGAGACAGCAGGCACCUGCCGGCAACGGGACACCUACCAGGGACAGGUCACAGCCGCCCGGGACCACUCAGCUCCCCCUGGCCGGGGUGGAGGUGUCAGGCGGCGGAUGGAGCUCCCGUGAUCCGCAGCCCCAGGGAGCCCCGGACGCCCCAUGCAGCUGCCCCUGAUUGUGCUGCUGCUCUGCGGCGCUGCGCUGCUCUUAAGCCCGGCGGUGCGUGGCUGUGGGCCGGGCAGAGUGGUGGGCAGGAGGCGAAGACCUACCAAGCUCAGCCCGCUCUCCUACAAGCAGUUCAGCCCCAAUGUGCCCGAGAAAACCCUGGGAGCCAGCGGGAAGUACGAGGGGAAGAUCGCCCGCAACUCGGAGCGCUUCAAGGAGCUCACCCCAAACUACAACUCGGACAUUAUCUUCAAGGACGAGGAGAACACCGGGGCGGACCGGCUGAUGACACAGCGCUGCAAAGACCGCCUAAACUCUUUGGCCAUCUCUGUCAUGAAUCAGUGGCCGGGCAUUAAACUGAGAGUGACGGAAGGCUGGGAUGAGGAUGGUCAUCACUCUGAUGAUUCCUUGCAUUAUGAAGGAAGAGCGGUGGACAUCACCACUUCUGACAGGGACCGCAAUAAAUACGGGAUGCUGGCUAGAUUGGCUGUGGAAGCUGGUUUCGACUGGGUCUACUACGAAUCUAAAGCUCAUAUUCACUGCUCUGUGAAGUCAGAACAUUCUGCUGCGGCAAAGACUGGAGGCUGCUUCCCAGGAACAGCAACAACCACCUUAGUGUCCGGUGAGAAGAUCCCUAUCUCAGAACUUCGCCCAGGCAUGCAGGUGCCAGCCAUGGACAGCUACGGUCGCACGACCUACAGUGACUUUGUGACCUUUUUGGACCAAGAUCCAAAAGCCGUGCUUAAUUUCCAGGUGAUUAAGACCACGGACCCACCUCGAAGGCUUUCCUUAACUCCGACUCAUCUCAUAUUUGUAGCAGACAAUUUUUCCACACCGGCUGCUGACUUCAAAGCGGUGUUUGCUAGCCACAUAAAAUCUGGCCAAUAUAUACUAGUGUCUGGAGCACCUGGUCUUGUGCCAGCUAGAGUAAGCUCCGUGAGUUUGCAAAAGGACACCGGACUUUAUGCUCCUCUCACCCAACAUGGGACAAUAUUGGUUGAUGAUGUAGUAGUGUCCUGUUUCGCUCUGGUACAAAAACAGAGGCUGGCACAGUUCGUUUUUUGGCCUUUGCGGGUUUUAUACAGUCUAGGUGCAAUAGUGGGAACUGAGUCUUCCCAACAUGUUGGUCUUCAUUGGUAUAGUCAGUUUUUAUAUCAGUUGGGGCGAAUGAUCCUGAACAAGAAUGAUUUCCAUCCGUUGGGGCUUCUGCAACUGGAAAGCUGAGUUUCAUGCAAGAGAAAAAUGAAAACAAACCAUGAUAUAACCCUGAACUGUAUUCCAUGGGGUGGAUAAACAGUCUCGUUCUGGGUUGUCUGCUGAUCUACAAAAAGAGAUAUAGAAAGGCAAUUUCCGUGGCUUGGAGGCUAUAUCUUAUUUCAUAAUAGAUUUUGGUCUAGGACAUAAAUAGAAGCUGGAUGUCCUCUUGUAUUAAUUAUCAAUUUAAUUGGUAAUGAGAACUGGUCUUUAUUUUGGUGUUCAUAACUUAACUAUGGGACACGUCAACAAUCAUUAAACAUGACUGCACCCAACAGUCUUGCAGAAAGCACUUGAUAAGCCCAAUGGUACCAUGACAGCAUCAGUAUAAAGAAAUCUUUUCUACAGUAGAAACUUCAUCUGGUGCCACAGUAGCACUUCUGUGGGCUAAAGAUAUCGGCUCCAACAAUCAGGUUUCCAAGCAGCUGGUGGUUUUGCUAUGUGGGCAUUACCCUGGCCUUCAAAUGGCUUGUUAUCAAAAAACAGUACUUUACUGGGUUCAUAAAGAAGCUAAUAGUUGCUAGUUCUAUGUGUGCUUCAUCUAGAACAUUGAAUAAACUCAGUGGUCUGGUCUGCUAGUGUUUAAAUUUCCAAGGUACUAACCGAAGGAGGAACUGACACCCACAGAAAGAUCAGAGAUAAAAGGGCGACUUUCUGCUUUUAGAUUGCAGUAAAUCAGACUUCUGUAUAGGAGAAGAUUCAGAAAAUGCAUGGAAAGAGAUGAAGACUACAGGAAUGGUUCCAUAUGAAUCUUAGACCGCAUAUAAAUGCUAGGCGUCUAUAUUGGUACAAAUGAAAUGUCUGCUACUAUGUAUCAGGGUGGUACAUUCCCACGGGUGGAGGAGAAAUUAUGGUCACUUCCCACUUACUGAGAAAGCCCUGUAAAAUAAUUACAUAAUUUAUUAAAAAGAGUCAAGAUAAGAUUAACCCUUUUUAUGCUGCCUGCCAAGGCCUGCAUGUACUGGAAGCAUGAAUUAUAUGCUUCUAGUCUACUGAUGCUCAAUUACAUCUCAUUUUAAACCCAUUCAGCUGGUGCCAUGUAGCUUGUAAAAUGAACUCAUGUAUGUCUGCACCAGUGCAAGGGGUUUCGUAAUGAAUUAAUGUGUAUAUACCCGGUAUUUAACGUCUUCCAGGGAGAGGUUAUAGAGCAUGGCAUCGCAUGCUCCCUCACAAAACAAAUUGACUCAUUUCCUUACUUCCCCCACCACCGCCAUAUUUAUUUUAUUAUGCAACUGUGUAUUAUAGGUGUAUAAAUGUUUCUUGUUUAUAUAUAAAUAUAUAAGACAAAGUUAUUAAUAUUAUAUUUCUGCCAGUACUUAUAUGGAGGGAAAAGGAUGUUUUUAAGGUAAAAUGAUUUAGUACAUUGUAAAAGCUCUGCGGAUAUUUGGACUGGUGGGGUUCUGCUCUGAAUAGCACUACGCACCCCAGGCGGAGAAUUGAUUAAGCACAUUUCAGCUCAGGUCUUCCAAUAAAAUUACAUUCUGACUUA